GCGUUGUACAGAUAGCGGCCAACGUUGAACGAAGCGCAUCGCUCGGAGGAUUUGCACGACGACGAGCGGAUUGUCCAUUUUACUGCAUCCAUUUAGUUUCUUGGUCGACGUUGCCCCUUCCUUUGUGGAUCCCAGUUCUGGUCGACUGGUGCCACUGGUGCUUCUACAAUAGACUAAAAGAAUAGAGCACAAUGGGCAACUCGUUCGGCAAAGAAGAUAUAGACUUUAAUUGAGUUACGGCAUUUCGAGCUACUGCGAUGUGUGGGGAAAGGAGCUUUCGGCAAGGUCCGAAUCGUUGAAAAGCGGGACACAAAAAAGCUAUAUGCUUUGAAAUACAUCAACAAACAUCAGUGCAUUAAGAUGCGGGCAACCCCUAAUAUCUUUCGAGAGCGAGCUAUCCUUGAAGAGAUCGAACACCCUUUCGUAGUCAAUUUGCGGUUUGCGUUUCAGGAUGACGAGAACAUGUUUAUGGUGAUGGAUUUAAUGAUGGGAGGUGACCUGCGGUUUCAUGUAGAUCGGAUGGGAGGAUUUAGCGAGGAUGCAAUGAAGUUUAUCACGAUGGAACUCGUUUGCGCAUUGGAUUAUCUGCAUCGAAAAUUGAUUGUGCAUAGAGAUCUGAAACCGGACAAUGUCCUACUGGAUGAACGAGGUCAUGUACAUAUCACGGACUUUAACAUUGCAGUACACUACAACACCAAGACCCUAACUUCUCAAUCGGGAACAUUGGCGUAUAUGGCUCCAGAAGUGUUUGCUGGAAAAGGUUAUAGCUGGCCGGUAGACUAUUGGAGCUUGGGUGUCAUGCUGUACGAAUGCCUGUUUGGAAAGCGACCUUUCCGAGGACACACCGAUGACCAGCUGAAGGAAAAUAUUUGCCAAGGACCGAUCAAGAUUCCGCAAGUCAAUCUCAUCACCAACAAGCCGAUGACCAUUUCUAAAGAAUGUGAGGAGUUCCUGCUCAGAUUACUGGAACGUGAUGUUUCUAAGCGAAUAGGAUGCGGGCGAAUGGGGGUGGAAGAGAUACAGGCGCAUCCAUGGUUUAGAGGGAUUGAUUGGGAUGCCGUGGAGAGAAUGAAAUAUCCACCACCUUUUGUACCGGACCGGGAUAAGGCAAACUUUGACGCUACAUACGACCUAGAGGAGUUACUCUUGGAGGACAAUCCCCUAACGUAUCGGCCACGAAAGAAGAAACAACAACCAAAGCAAUCACCAGACAAAACACAUUCAGCACCACUCUCGCAAGCGCCAGCCACUAAAAGUCGUCCACAUUCCUAUAACGUACUUUCGCGAAUAGGGCGUGGAGGCACCAACAGCCCGAACCCUCCUGCAGAAAAGGAAAAGAAGAAGCUUUCCCAAAAGGAAAGACUACAAAUGGAGCUCGAUUAUAUUGAUCAAAACUUUAAGCUAUUUGAUUCAAGCGUAUUUGAUAGAUACACGGGAUUUGUAAAUCCUCACACUCUUCAAGUAUCGGACGACGUCCCAAGUUGGGUCAAAAACCUGGACGCCGAACUGAAGCAAGCGCAAGUUGGUAAUGAGAAUCUACCGCCACCCGUCCCGCCUGUGCCUUCGUCAUUGCUCGGAUCGACUGAGAGUUCACCAGUACUCUCGCGGAGCAGACGAGGUAGCGCAUCGCAAUACAAACCCCCACCACCCCCGCUGUCCGAGAGGUUUUCAAAUUCGUCUUCUCGGAGAACCAGCGCUCAAACCAAUAAUUUCCCACCCGCUGGGAGCGCCCCUUCCUCACAGUCUGCGCGAUAUAGACAGUCUCAGCAUCGUCCGGAUGAAAUGGCGGACUUGUCAGACUAUGGUCGACGAAGACAGCCCGACGCAUUCGACGUUGUGGAUGCAUAUGCGCCUCAACGAGCCGGCUUAGUUCCCGUCGCUUCAACCUCACCAUCAUCACCAAAAGCGGGUUCUCCCCCGCCACAGGGCACAUCGCUUUCGUCGAGAUCUGCCCGUUUUAGGAGAGGCAGUAGAUAGAGAGUGUAGCCUGAUUCGAACCAUUUUGAUGGCCAGCCCUUCUUUUAAAUUUCUUUAACUUAGCUAAAUAUCAACCCAUUUUUCAAUGAUCUCCAUCAUCGCUUGUGAAUUGGAACAUUUUACUUACUCG